UUUAUUUUGAUCCGCUUUGAUGGAGGUUGCAGCGGUGAAUCCAUGUAUUUGAAGCAAUCGACCUUAUUACUACUUCUAUUACAAAUAUUUGGUGCGUUAGGACAAGAUGAAAAGACGCAGAGGUUUCUGCUCUACGAGAUAAACCCUGGAGAGGGUUUCAACCUCCGUCGAGAUGUUUAUUUACGAAUGGCGGUGUUGGUAGCCCACUUGCGAGCGCUUCAACCAUGGACUUUAGUUCUGCCGCCUUGGUCAUCGCCGUACCAUUGGCGUUCAGGUCAUUUGGACCAGGAAAAAGUGCCGUGGUUCAAGUUCUUCGACACAGACAGUUUGAGCUCUUUUGUGUCCGUGAUAGAGCUACAUGAGUUCCUAAAAACUCAGGAAGAAUGGAAGAUUGAUGAGCUUGUAAUAUUAGAGCACUUUGAGUUUCAAGAAAAUUCGCUAUGGGAGGAAAAAUUGGAAGAGGUUAAAUGCCGGGAGUCAGAAAUAUACUACUGGAAAUCGAAUAAAAACGAGUGGACGGGAAGAUUUUGGAACAACCCCAAUAUUACGGCAAAAAACUUGAGGUGCAUGGCUUUCCAAGGACUCGCAACCAGCCUCUUGCCAUUUCUAGUAGAGGAAAAUUCAAAGACCAUCAUGCUGGACCGAGCAGAGGUAGCUCUGCACCACGCGUUCGGAGAUGCCGAGUACUGGGCAGCUCGCAGGAGCAUGAGAUUCGCUCAGGAAUUGAUAGUCGCCGCCAAAGAAUUCAGGAAGGCACACCUUGACUCCACUGAUGAAAGUGACAAUACAAUUCGGCCAAAGAAUUGGAAGGACGAGCGACAGCUUGAUACAAAUGCAAAGCGGGGAGGACCGUACAUCGCAGUGCAUUUGAGGAGGAAGGAUUUUGUGACAGGACGGGCAACGCAGGUGCCAAGCAUUCCUGGAGCAGCAAAACAAAUCAAAAUCUUGGCUGAAAAACACGGCCUUGGCAAAGUCUUCGUCGCUUCUGACGGAACCGAGAAAGAAUUGACUGAGCUGGAGAAUUUGCUGUUGCCAUUAACACUACAUAGAUUUCGUCCGACGGCUGAGGAACUUGAGUCUCUCUUGGACGGAGGAGUGGCCAUAAUCGAGCAGAUAAUUUGCUCACAUGCCAGAGCAUUUACCGGCACUUUUGAAUCGACCUUUUCAUUCCGAAUACAAGAGGAAAGGGAAAUCAUGGGAUUUCACCCAGACAACACGUUUCAACGACUGUGUGGGGAUGACGAGGGUGAUUGUGAUCAACCAACGAGAUGGCGUGUUCAGUUUGAUUGAGAAUUGAUAUAUAUUUUAUUUUCCUAUAAAAAUAGAUCUUAUGUGAGAUUUCUUGUCUAAAUAAAUGCACUCUUUUUUACUCUGA